CUUACUUUGUAAUGAUUAUUAAGAGCUCGAGACCCCGAGCCUCAACCCGGCAUAUCGCGUCCUCUCUCUACAGACCCCCUAGCGUUGGAAGGGAUCAGAACUCACCUCCUCCGCUCCCGGGAGCACCCCUUUCCUAACACCUUGAGGAGGGGUCGGAAGGAAAGGAAAGGAGACCCGCGAGAUGUCGUCGAUGCGCCUGCGAAGCCCAGGCUACCCGGAGACCCGUCCGUCCGUCCGUCCCUGCAGGAGAAGGAUGGCCCGGGCUCCUCCUCUCGCCGGAGCUGCAGGCUGAGUCGCCAGGUUUCUGUGCCUUCAAACCCUGCACGACGGCCACACCAAACACCCAAACCUUGGGCAGGGACCAAACGGUCACUUCCCCGCCCUCCGGGCUCAAUAUGCAAAUCCGAGCACCAGGAAGUAGCUGGGACCUCUCGGUCGAGCCCAGAGACAGCCAGUUCCUCUCCCGCCGCGCCGGGCCGCGCUGCCGCUAGCUCCCCGGCAGUGGCGCCUCCGGGCCCGACGCGCUGCAGCCUCCAGCCCGCGGCAAGCUGGGCGGCCGCGCCACCCCCGGCCCCGCGCCCGCAGCCCCUUGCCGCGCGUCCCGAGUUCCCGGCCAGCAGCCUCCCCCUACGCGGGUCCCGCUGGGCCGCCCCGUCGCGCCCCUCGCUCUGAACUCAAGUCACCGUGGAGCUCCGCCGCCCCGAAACUUUCACCGCGAGCGGGAAAUAUGGGAUGUAUAAAAUCAAAAGGGAAAGACAGCUUGAAUGACGAUGGAGUAGAUUUGAAGACUCAACCAGUACGUAAUACUGAAAGAACUAUUUAUGUGAGAGAUCCAACGUCCAAUAAACAGCAAAGGCCAGUUUCAGAAUCUCAGCUUUUGCCUGGACAGAGGUUUCAAACUAAAGAUCCGGAGGAGCAAGGAGACAUUGUGGUAGCCUUGUACCCCUAUGAUGGCAUCCACCCAGAUGACUUGUCUUUCAAGAAAGGAGAGAAGAUGAAAGUCCUGGAGGAGCAUGGAGAAUGGUGGAAAGCGAAGUCCCUUUUAACAAAAAAAGAAGGAUUCAUCCCCAGCAACUAUGUGGCCAAAGUCAACACCUUAGAAACAGAAGAGUGGUUUUUCAAGGAUAUAACCAGGAAGGAUGCAGAAAGGCAGCUUUUGGCACCGGGAAAUAGCGCUGGAUCUUUCCUUAUUAGAGAAAGUGAAACAUUAAAAGGAAGCUUCUCUCUGUCUGUCAGAGACUUUGACCCCGUGCAUGGUGAUGUUAUUAAGCACUACAAAAUUAGAAGCUUGGACAAUGGGGGCUAUUACAUCUCUCCACGAAUCACUUUUCCCUGUAUCAGCGACAUGAUUAAACAUUACCAAAAGCAGUCAGAUGGCUUGUGCAGAAGACUAGAGAAGGCUUGUAUCAGUCCCAAGCCACAGAAGCCGUGGGAUAAAGAUGCCUGGGAGAUCCCCAGGGAGUCCAUCAAGUUGGUGAAACGGCUCGGUGCUGGGCAGUUUGGGGAAGUCUGGAUGGGUUAUUAUAACAACAGUACCAAGGUGGCUGUGAAAACCCUGAAGCCGGGCACGAUGUCUGUGCAAGCCUUCCUGGAAGAAGCCAACCUCAUGAAGACUCUGCAGCAUGACAAGCUCGUGAGGCUCUACGCCGUGGUCACCAGGGAGGAGCCUAUUUACAUCAUCACUGAGUACAUGGCCAAGGGCAGUUUGCUGGAUUUCCUGAAGAGCGACGAAGGUGGCAGAGUGCUGCUUCCAAAGCUCAUUGACUUUUCUGCUCAGAUUGCAGAGGGAAUGGCGUACAUCGAGCGGAAGAAUUACAUUCACCGGGACCUUCGAGCGGCUAACGUCCUGGUCUCUGAGUCACUCAUGUGCAAAAUCGCAGAUUUUGGCCUUGCUAGAGUAAUUGAAGAUAAUGAGUACACAGCAAGGGAAGGUGCUAAGUUCCCUAUUAAGUGGACGGCUCCAGAAGCAAUCAACUUUGGAUGUUUCACUAUUAAGUCUGAUGUGUGGUCGUUUGGAAUUCUCCUAUAUGAAAUCGUCACCUAUGGGAAAAUUCCCUACCCAGGGAGAACAAACGCCGACGUGAUGACCGCCCUGUCCCAGGGCUACAGGAUGCCCCGCGUGGAGAACUGCCCAGAUGAGCUCUAUGACAUUAUGAAAAUGUGCUGGAAAGAAAAGGCAGAAGAGAGACCAACAUUUGAUUACUUACAGAGCGUGCUGGAUGAUUUCUACACGGCCACGGAAGGGCAGUACCAGCAGCAGCCUUAGAAUGCAGGGAGACCCGUCCGUUCAGCAGGGGUGGCCACCACAUUUAGAGAGGAAAAGUAACUAUCACUGGUUGCACUUAUUAUUUCAUGUGCCGGGAUCAUCUGUGGUGCCUGGAUCCUGAAAUAGAGACUCAAUUACUCAGGAAGAACACCCUCUCAAUGGGAAAGUAUUCUGUACUCUUAGAUGGAUGCUCUACCCAGCUGCAGCGUGGCCUUGGCCUCAGCCGCUGGUAAUCUCGCUCUGCUGGACAUCUGAGUGCAGCCUUUUGAGAAGAAAACACCUGUUCUCUCCAAAAAUGUACCCAACUAGCUGUAUGUUUACAAUUGGACAUAUGACUCAAAGUUUCAGAGACCACGGCAAUCAAUCCCCAAUAAUAGCAGAACUACGUCAUUUAUAAAGCUAAAAUAACCAGAUGCGUAGCAUGACGUUUCUUUGUAUUUUCUCUCUGCUUUGGCUUACUUGCUAAAAAAAAAUUACUAAUCCAACCUGUUAGAUUUUGCAGGUAAAGUCAGCAGCUUACAAAUGUCUUUCCCAGAUUUCAAUGUUUUUUUUU